AUGUCACUCCUCAGCUUCCUCCAGCGGUCUUACAGAGCGAUCAUCAACCCGCCAGAUCGGGGAACGAAGGGUGAUCCCGUUCGAUUUGGGCUACUUGGUGCCUCAACUAUUGCUCCCCUUGCUCUGAUAGGACCAGCGAAAUCACACCCCGAAGCAAUUGUGGCUGCAGUUGCAGCCCGCGAUCGCGGACAUGCUGUGAAAUAUGCCCAAAAGCAUGCUAUACCGAUAGUACAUGACACUUAUGAAGAUUUGCUAGACGACAAGUCAAUCGAUGCUGUCUACAUUGCCUUACCCAAUAGCCUGCAUUAUGAGUGGGGCCUCCGAUCUCUGCAUGCAGGCAAACAUGUUCUCUUGGAGAAGCCGGCAACGUCCAACGCAGCCGAUGCAGAGAAGCUAUUCCGACAUCCCCUAGCGGCUGGACCACAUGCUCCUGUCCUUUUGGAAGCUUUUCACUAUCAGUUCCACCCUGCUUGGCAGACAUUCCUCAAUGAAGUCCGUCAGGCUGGCUCGGUGGAGGCAGUCGACAGCCGGCAGACUAUUCCUUUCGGUGCACUAGCACCUGAAGAUAUCCGAUUUGACUUUGGCCUGGGCGGCGGCUGCCUUAUGGACGUGGGCACGUAUGCACUGUCCGCCGUGCGACAGGUUCUGGACCGUGAGCCAGUUCAAGUGGUACAUGCUACACAUCAGACUUUGAGGACAAAACCCUUCCGCGAUGAACUAUCUACGUGUCAGAUUGAUAACUCUAUCACCGCCUCGCUCUCUACAAGCUCCGGAAAAGUCGCAACUAUAACCGCAGAUAUAGCCAGCACGUGCGAGUGGCCCUCUUGUCUACCACAAUCCUGGAGGUUCAACAUUCCGCACGUUACUAUUCCCAUGUGUCAGGCUGUUAUGGAAGAAGUUCCUCUUGACGCUCUGUCCGAGUUCAAAGGGGCUGAGCACCGGAUGCGGAGGACAGUGACGAUCUGGAACUACCUUCUGCCUGUAGUCUGGCAUCGGAUCGACAUUUCUGAGAAUCACAGAAUAGUGAGCGAAGGGAAAGAUAUAAAGCAGUGGAAGGAAACUAGAUUUGUGAAGGCUUAUGAGUGGACUGAUAGCGAGAAAGAUACAGGACUUUAUGAAAAUUGGUGGACGACAUGGCGUUGCCAGUUAGAGGAGUUUGUCAACCGUGUGAAGGGACGCGAGGGAUCAGGAGUUUGGGUCGAUGCAGAGGAAAGCAUUGCCCAGAUGCUAGCCAUUGAUGAGAUUUAUAGGAAGGUUGGCUUGCAGAUCAGGCCCUCUAGUACAUACGAACACAGUCUGUAA